GUGAGGUGAUGCCCGUGAGGGGGCGUGGGCGCGGGAGGGGCAGCCGAGUGGGAUACAGUAAAGCCCACAACAUGUAGCAGUGUCAGUGAGUUUGUGACUUUGGAACAGUGUUGAUCUUCCUCCUUCCAAGCCUCACUGUCAUCAACAACUCAAGAAAAGCGCAAUACACGAGUAGCGCCGCGUGAAUCAAGCGAAAAAUCCACAACUUUCCUUGCCAACCCGCAGCCUGCAUGCAGUGACCGCCGCGCCUCACCUUCACAUCUCUCACACAACCCCAGCAUGUCCUCCCUUAGGAUUGGAUUCAUCGGGGCGGGCAACAUGGCCCAGGCGCUGGCCAAGGGACUUAUUUCCUCAGGUUUGGCCAAGCCCCAGAAUGUGAUGGCCUCGUGUCCCCCGACUGAUCAACACCUGCUGCAGCAGAUGAAGCAGUCGCUGGGCUGCACCACCACCCACGACAAUCGUGAGGUCGCCUCAAACUCAGACGUGGUGGUGGUGUGCGUCAAACCAACCAUCGUGGGCCGCGUCCUCCAGGAGCUGCGCCCUUGCGUCACACCAGACAGCCCACUCGUCACCUCUGUGGCUUUGGGCGUCACACUGUCCUCCAUGGAGGCCGCGCUGCCCCCAGAGGCCCGUGUGAUGAGGAUCAUGCCAAACACCCCGGCCCUGGUGCAGCUCGGAGCCUCGGUGUUCACUCGAGGCACUCACACUACCUCAGAAGACGCGGAGCUCACACAAAAGAUGCUGUCAGCCGUGGGACAGUGUGACGAGGUGCCGGAGACCUUCCUUGACGCCGUGACGGGACUCAGUGGCGCAGGACCUGCCUAUAUGUACUUGGUGGUGGAGGCGCUGGCUGACGGCGGCGUGAGGAUGGGCCUGCCCCGCAACCUGGCUCAGAGGCUAGCUGCUCAAACCAUGAUGGGCGCCGCCAAAAUGGUGCUGAGUACAGGCAAGCAUCCCGGUCAGCUCAAGGACGAGGUGUGCUCUCCAGGAGGUUGCACCAUCCAAGGUGUGCAAGUCCUGGAAGAUGCUGGCCUGCGCUCCGCCCUCAUCUCAGCAGUACACACUGCUGCCGCCGCCUCUCUCACUAUGGGAAGGAAGCAGCCUACCACAUCAGCACCCUUAUCCCCACCCUCACCCACUGCAUCGCCUCCCACACCGGCACAGCCAACACCACACCGACGUGCCCCCUUCUUCCCACCUGCUGCCAGGCCCCAACGUGCCCCUCAGCCCUUCGCGCCCUUUUAAUUAAUCAGUGAAGCUGUGAUAUAGGAAUGUAAGGUUUGUGUACGCAGUAGUUAGUGUGUGUGUGUGUGUGUGUGUGUGUGUGUGUGUGUGUGUGUGUGUGUUUGAAUAACCAAUUUUUCUUUCUUUCUUUCGUUUUUAUUCCUUCGUCUUUAUUUAGUGUUCUUUUGUUUCGGUUUAAAACUAAGGAUUCUUUUUUCCAUGCGCAACUUGUACGUACAUUCCGUUGGUUUAGACUUUAGAGUUUAGUCUAAGAGAGAGAGAGAGAGAGAGAGAGAGAGAGAGAGAGAGAGAGAGAGAAUAAUUUAUACAAGUAUAUAUACAUAGGAGUAAAGGAUGAACACGGAAAAUAUAUUCAUCAUGUUACUAUUAGACCUCAGUAAAUAGACAUAUUGAUAUGAAGGGAAACAACCAAUUCCGUAUUAGCAGAGAAAUUAAAGUUACCAUAGUAUAUGUUUAACGUGUCCUGUUCUCCCACCCUCAAUUGUAUCCAUUAAUACUGUAUAAGUCAGGAAGCGUAA